UUUUAAAGUAUUUUUCGGAUAAUUUUUCUAAUUGAUAUUUUUCAAACUUUAUACAUUCUUAUUUCAAGUUGUGUUGACUACAUAACAUAGGAAUAUGGCCAAGUUUAUAUUGCUUUUCCAUGUCUCCAUCAGGGGUAUUUACUAGUCAGCUCAUUACAGAUAGAAAGCAGCUGGAACCGGUGGCAAAAAACAUUCCAACCAGGAAGAGUAAUGCUAGUCAAUCGAUCAUCAAGCCUUCUCCAAAAAUAAUCAUGAAGCCUCCAGACAGGAUAACCGUCAAAGAGGAAUUGAUUGAAGUAAAGAAAGAAACUCAUGUGGCAUCUGAAGAAGGAGAAAGAGAGGGAAUCGGAGCUCCGACAAUCUCCAACUCUAUUGGAACUGUAAUGAUCAAGAAUGAAGAGUCGGGUUUAUCUGCAACUGGAGACGAACAGGAUCAUAAAAAUAUUAUUGUUUCAAGUUUAUCUGCAACUGGAGACGAACAGGAUCAUAAACUUAGUAUUGGCUCAAGUUUAUCUGCAACUGGAGACAAACAGGAUCAUAAACUUAGUAGAGGUUCAAGUUUAUCUGUAACUCGAGACGAACAGGAUCAUAAACUUAGUAGAGAUUCAAGUUUAUCUGUAACUCGAGACCAACUUAAUAUUGGUUCAAGUUCAUCUGCCACUCAAAAACCCCAGGACCAUCAACCCAGUGGUUCUAGAUCGAAAAAGAAUGUAUCCAAGCCGUACAUGUUCAGGUAUUCUACCGUAGAAAGACAGAUAGGCGUAAAGGAUUUCAGCUGUCAACACUGUGAGAAUAACUACAAUUCCUUAGGUGAACUUAAAACGCACAUCAAAGCCCAACAUUCCCAGUUUAACUGUGAUCACUGUUGGAUCAGUUGCACCUCCCCAUGUGCAUUGAAUACACAUAUCACAACACAUCAUCCUGACGUGGAACAGAUCAGCUGUGAUGUUUGUGAGUAUACAUGUUUUGAUGCGGCUCUUCUAAGACAUCAUACUAAAAAUCAUGAAGGUGACAAAGGGUCGAAACCACACAGUGAAAAUGAACACACAGUUAAGAGGCUCAUUUGUAAGAUCUGUGAUUCUCGACAUGCCACAAUGGAAGGGCUUAUAACUCACAUGAGACGCCAUGAAAUUAGUAGCGUUUGUGAGUUCUGCGGAUAUAGAGCUGAGGAUUUGCGUCGAAUGGGUGCGCACAGACGCAAGCACGUGGGAGAAAGGAUCUUCAAUUGUCAACGGUGCAAUUUUGGGUGUAGCUCGAAGUCUGAUCUGCUGAUACAUAAUGCGGGUAAUUGCCGUGGAAAACUGUACAAAUGUGAGUUAUGUGACUUUGAAAGUAAUACAUGGGCUCCCUUGAAAUCCCAUUUGGGGAUACAUCUUGGUGGAAAGAUUUACACUUGUCGAUUUUGUCAAUCGAUUUUUUCUCAAUCAAGUGCAUUGAGAAGGCAUACUCGGAGCAAGCAUUCUUCAAAUAAAAUUUGAAUUAAUUAUUCAUUC